AUGAGGCGACCAGGACUGCAAACCCUCGAGAAAAAGAAAAAGAAGCAGCAAUUGGAGGAGGAGGAGGAAGCGACAGCGACGGUGGAGACGGCGGAGGCGGAGGAGGGGGCGGAGCCUGAGGAAAACGGACUGGAGGACCAGCCUCCGGCCAAGAAGAAGAAGAAGCGAAAGAGCGAGGCGAUGGAGGCGGAGCCCACGGCUGCAGAGGAGUUCGCCUCGGCGGAGAAGAAGAAGAAGAAGAAUAAAGGCGCGGAGGAGGCGGGCGAAUAG